AUGCAAAAUGGUCCACCAGAAGUCACGGGCACUGAAGUAGCCAACACGGACGCAGUCGCUUGGAGCGAUGCUAGUCCUGCCCUACCAUAUCCACCCCGGCCAGAAGCUUCGGACAAGACGGACCCUUUCAACAGCACCCAGGACGAGGAUUUCGUGUCGGGAGACACAUCACACAAUAAGUCAAAGUCAAAAGAGCAGGCAACCGAGCCAGGUGCUUCUAAUAUUGAGGAAAAGCCGAAGUCAAAGAAAAAGGGCAAGUCGUCGGAACUGGCACCUUCGCACGACAGCAAGAAAUCAAAGUCAAGGACCAUCGACGAGACAGCAAAGUCUGCAGACUCCCGGCCCGUUGAUAAGCCCAAGAAAAAGAAGACAGCCGACUCUCUUCCACCACGUCGUGAUGAAAAGGUACUCUCCUUCAAGAUUGUUUGUGUGAAUGACUUAGGCUGCGCCGUAUUAUUCGUUGCUUUGGAAUCCUACUCAAAGGACAAGUUGGGACGUGACAAACAGGUAACUGUUUUAAAUUUCUUCCAGCGUACACAGUCAAAGCUCCAGGUGGCGGCAGCAGCACCGAUGUCUCUGCCUGUUGUCGAAAGGGGUCCCCGAAUGAGGAGCGAAAGGAUUGGAAGUAACGUUCCCAUUCCUCGGGAAACGAAGGAGUCAUCGGGCAAAGGAUUGCCACCUGCAGUAUACGGUGCGAUAGGAGCAGCCUUGGUUGUCAUUUUAGUCUUGGCGUUUGUUGGGUUGUACUGGGUCAUCAAGCAAAGCAUCAACGGUAAAGAACCUGGUGUAACAGAAUAUGUUCCAGCCCCCGGCGUUGUGAUCCCGCCAGGAGGAACCGCAACUGUUGAUACAUCAACAAGGAAACCAACUCCCGCUCCGAUUGACGUUCCAACCUCUACCACACCAGGCAGGACGCCGAGUGUCUAUUGGCCAACAGUGAAACCAAUCACCCGUGCUCCAUCUCCUGCUCCUGAUACACCUCCGAGCACAGCAACCACUCCAGCGACUACAACCUCAACGAGAGCGAAGGCCUCAACAGCCACACCCAGAUCACCCACUGUGAAGUGGGAUACAGAGAUUGAGUCCUGCGGCUCCACUGACUGUAGGGAAGUCAAAACCCUCAUGGACACUUCCUUAGACAAGAAAAGAGAGCCCUGCCAGGAUUUCUAUGGCUUUGUUUGUAGCGACGCUGAGAAAAAUUAUGCUGCUCUGUAUAACAACGUGCAAGGUGGGACACUGAAGGUACUCGAGCACAAUAUAUCUUCCCAAAUCAGAAGAGAAAUCGAGAGUCCCGUACCUCUUCAACGCCAAACCGUCUUUCAGAAAAGUGCGGCUUUCUUCCAACACUGCCGCGAUGUGAAGAUUGCGGUAUCUAGUAACCUCGAUGGUGUAAAACACUUCCUAGAACAAUAUGGUAUGAAUUUCAGAAAGGAUAUGUCAUUGGACCCCUUGGACAUGACAGUUAAAUUCGUCUUCGAGUUCGAUAUUCCUAUUCUGUUCAACUUUACUGCGGAACGGGUCGGUACCGGAUAUGACGUCGUCGUCGAAGAGCAGACUGGAGUUUGGCGGGAGGAAUUUAUAUGGCAGAGCAUAGGGUCUAACGCUGACAAAAUGAACUACGUGGGACAUCGUGUCCUGAAAAAUAUAUUUGCCCGACACUUCCAUUCAGACUACGUCAGAUACACGGUACAGUGUGUGGAAAUUUGUAUACCAGACAGUGAGAAGCAAGCGUCUCGGAGCACAACACCGAAUUCCUCUCUCGACACUUCUAGACGAUGACGUUAACUCUGGCCUGACUAGACAGUGGACUGCGAUCCUUUCUCGGUACAGUAAUCAACGUCUUCCAGGCAGUGCCUACGUAAAGAUUCACGAACACGUCCGGGAGACCUUUCAAUCAGCGUUCGGUGUAGCAGAUAAUACGGAUGCCAUUAGGAUAUACGUCGCUUGGAGAACUGCCGACACAUUGUACACAAGUGCCGCCGAAGCGGCGGACCAUACAACGAAGGACGUCAAACAACACUGUCAGACAUUGGUACAGUGGAUUCUGCCUCAUACAAUUGGCCCUUCUGUGCUUUUUAAGACAGUAAAUGAACAGAGAGUAAACGCCGUGAACAAUAUGUUAGUCAAGAUCAUCGCUGCCAUCGACGAUUCCUUCACACGGUUUACGUUUUUUAACAACAUACAGAAUGCUGCCAGGCAGAAGCUGUCGCUGCUGAAGAGGAACAUUGGCUAUCAUCCAAGGUUCGACACACCGGAUAAAGUUAUAGAUUACUACCGUGACCUUCCAGACAUGAACGGUCCUUUCACCGAUGAUUUCAUCAAAGCAAGACGAUUUCAGGCCAAGACUUACUGGAAUCACAUUUUCCGCAACGAGAUUGACUUUAUUAACAGCCUUUACGGCACUUGGGUUCCAGUAUUCGAAGCCAACGCGACCUAUACUGCAGAGCGGAACCUACUGACUAUUCCACCUGCCAUGAUGUACAGCCCGCUCUUUGCGCUUGGAGGACCUCCGGAAAUUAACUAUGGCGCUCUUGGACGUUUUAUGACGCAUUACAUAAUGCGAGGCUACGACCAGCACGGGCUUCGAUUCGAUGGCGCAGGAGCCCUGUCGCCGUGGUUCUCCCAAGAAAAUCAGCACCGCUAUGAUGCUCUGAUUUCCUGCAUGGAACGUAUGGCAUUGACCGCACCUGGUAACAGGUUUCGUGCACUGACCUGGGAUGAAGUACUCCCGGACGUCCUGGGAAGUAUUUCCGUCCUGAAUGCAUACAAGAAAGCUAAAGGUCAGCCAGGUCCGAGUGAUAAGCUCUUUUACGUGUCCUGGUGUCUUCUAUGGUGUGGUAGACAGAGUGGGCCAUCAGAUGACUUUCGGUGUAACCUGCCUUUGAUGAAUUCUGACCAUUUCAAGGACACGUUUGCGUGUCCCUAUAAUUCACCGAUGAAUCCGGCACACAAGUGUAACUUCUGGUAGGAGCACACGUCGGGUAAUAAAGCAUGUUCAGCAUGUUCA